CAUCCCCAUCUGUCUACCUCAGGAAAGGCACAAACGCCUUGUAUCGCACAACUACCCAACUGCGAAUUGCCUAGAGCAACUUUCCUCUAAACGCCCAGGCGCGUCUCGCCUGAACACUACAGGACUGAACGUGCAGUCAACCAACUAACUCUGACGAAACUUGGAACGAGACAUUCCACCACCAUUCUAUGCUAUAGAGUCUGGGGCCUCAAAUCAACGGACCCCCGUCCUUCUAUCCGCCGGCUCUCCAGCCUGUCUCACAGUCCCAUUGAACGACUCAGUCGCUUUGUCCCACCCCGGCCCUUAGUGUCAUUUGGAUCCGCGACGGGAGCUUCCAAGCCCGCGCCCCCCUCCCUUUCACUCAGUCACUAAACUCAACUUCCCUCUUCAUCCCAUCCCGUCCUUUUCCUUUUUUUUUUCUUUCUGUCUGGAAACGAUUGCGAACCUCGACUUGGCAACUCUGCUCCGCACGCCCCCUCCCCUGACGAACGAAUAAGGAUACCUCGCAGUAAACUGCCGUCACCCGUCCUCUUUCGCCCCCAGAAGCUGUUGCGGCGUCCCCAUCAAUCCAACGUUUUCACUCCCGUUGGUUCGACCAUCAACAGCAUCUUGCCUACCUCUUCUCAAGUUAUAACCGCAGACACAUCGGCAACAUCCAGUACCGUUCUACUGCGUCCUCCGUCUGUCCCAUUGUCCUUUCGCCAGGUUGAGCACUCGCAUGACAACCCGCUUCCUCUCUUACGACUGGUGAUGGACCGUACGCCCCAACGGCUAUCGUACCGGUAGUUCGCAUCCGAAAGACGACGUCAACCUUAAGUAUCAGUCUACUUCCCUGAGUUCUCGAAGAAAAGAAGGCCAUUUCUUGCAACCCCCUAACUCGAGAAUGGUCUAUUGUGGUAAGGCCUCCCAGGGCUGCCAGAAUUGCCGAACCCGUCGCAUCAAGUGCGACAAAGUGAAACCCGAAUGCUCGCAAUGCAUCCGCGUGGGCAAAAGAUGCCCUGGCUACCGAGACCAACUCUCGCUUAUGUUCCGCGAUGAAAGCACCAAAGUUAUCAAGAAAGCUCAUGCCCAAUGGGGUGUUUCUGACAGCCCCGGGAAUGGUCUCAUCCAGGCUUCCGCAUCAAAUGCUCCAUCGCCGCCUGCUUCGUCACCAGCUUACAGCCGGAAGAGUACGCCCAACAGCGUGAGGGCCGCAUCACGACCGGGCCCCGUAGCCGCACUUUCGCCAGCCUCAAGCGUCGCAUCGUUCUCGUCUCCUUCGUCAACACACCACUCGGCAGGAUCUUCGUCCCCAAUACCGCUCCCGGUAGUCAAGCAAGAAAACCGCGAGUCGAGUCCGCCAACUUUGCACAUCGGUCCCACCCUGGAGGAGCAAGGCGUACAAUUUUAUGUCAAUCGGUACCUGAUAGGCCACCCUGACGAACCGAAAUCCGGCCAAGACCUUGCCGCGGAAGGUUGGAUAUGGCACCCAGCAGUUCAGGACGUUAUGUGUGCUGUAGGGCUGGCCGGGCUGUACAACCUGACUGGCAACAUGGAAAUGAUGGCUACCGCACGAGAGAAGUACGGCUCGGCACUUCGAGAAACCGGAAAGCUUAUUCGACCUCCACACACUCCCAGUAUAGAUGUGACGAUGAGAGCCGUCGUCGCGCUGGCCAUGUUUGAGGUUGUCAAAGGAAGCCACUACUCCACCGGCACAGUUCACGCCCACGUCAUGGGGGGAGCGGCUUUGAUGAGAAGUUGGUGUCCUAUGCCCAGCGUGCCCUUUGCAGGCUUCAGAGCACUGCUGCAGCUGUGCUAUUCAAUGUAUAUACCUCUUCACGUUGCGGGCAUGCCGAUGCCCCCAGACUUUUACGAUUGGGUGUCGUACGGCUCGCAACUCCAGUUGCCUAUCGACCGACCGUCCACCGACCUCGCAGUUUUGAUUGCUCGCUUUGUCGAGACUUCGUCAAUGAUCCAUCGCCAUGUUAUCAGUGAUGGAAACCCAAAAACUGCCAGCGUGUUGCAACAAUUACUUGAUCUCGAAUCCGACUUGGCAUCAUGGGAGGCUGGGCUGGAAGGAGAUUGGAUAUACGAGACCAUCAACGCUACUCAUCUCCCACCAAAGGCGGUUUUCGAGGGCGAAUAUCAUAAAUACCAUGACGUCUGGACAGCUCGCAUCUGGAACUACUACCGAUGGGCGCGAGUUCUGGUGAACCAGAACCUGCUGGACUUGACGAACAAAAACCCAGUCUCCAGUCUAUCACUAGUGUCGGCGGCCGCGCGCGACCAUUACCUUGCGACUAUUCGGAGGCUGGCAAGGGACACGCUUGUGAGCGCGCCGACGCACUGGCGACAUCCGGCUCUCGAUGGGCCGGCGCAGAUAACAGUAGAAAGCCCCGGUGGUGGCGGAGCCGGAUCAGCAGGACUGCCGGCAUUGCUGUUUCAUUUAAAGGUAGCGGGAUGCGCUCCUGGAGUUCCGAAACAAUACUGGGAAUGGGCUUUGGGCGUCAUUCAGACGAUCUGGGGUGAUAUGGGCAUGCUGCAUGCGCGAUCCAUGAUGGAGGCUAUGCGGGCGCACGAGGAUACUGUGCUCAGGUCCGGUGCAGCUGGAAUAUUGGCAUACGACUGGUAAAUACUGGAGAUAAGGGCCAAUGGGGGAGCUGGCGCAUUGGUGAAUGGUUCUGGGUCGCUUUGAAAGGUUUCGUUAUGGGCCCAAGAUCCUGUGGUUCGGAGCAGCAGCUAGGUUAUGGUUGGGUGAUACCAUCGGUUUUGGUGCUUUAGAGAUGCUUUAAAAACAGGCUGAACGGUGGUACUACGGAACAAGACGAUUGUUUUCGCAACCAAGUAAAACAAUAAGGCACAAUUAGCCUUGCCCGACGAUCAACAGGACAUUGACUAAGUUAUACCAAGACGAGGGUGAAUUGUAAGUCUGACUACUGCUAC